AAUUGGUUGCACUUGAGUCUUCUUCUUGGUGUCGUGGUGCAAAUUAGUCACACCCCGAUUUGUGAAAACAAGCUCCUUCUCCCCAAAUUACCAGGUUUGCACCCUGGAUAACCUGACCAGCUGUUCUCCGGCUACGUGAUAAGAAAUGUCACGGUCGCCGCCGUCUAAACACCGUAGAAAUGUUCUAACCUCAUCAAGUGAUGCUUGCAAUUCGGUUUUUAAGGUCCGUCUCGCCGCCCCUGAAAUGUGUACGCCGCUCCUACAAGACCAACGUUAGUGCCCAGAACACCCUAGAGAUCCGCAACAAUGUCUACCAAACGGACGAGUGGACGAACAUCACCCCGAAAAUCCUCUCCUACAUUGGCUUGAACAAACACCUUCAGAAGAAUCACCCGCUCUCGAUUAUCCGGCAGCGCAUUGUUAACUAUUUCUACCGAUCCUACACCAACUCGAGAGGGAAUCCUUUGUUCAGUGUCCACGAUAAAAUAUGCCCGGUCGUUACGGUGCAGCAGAACUUCGACAACUUGUUGGUGCCGGCGGAUCACCCAAGUCGCGCCAAGUCCGACUGUUAUUAUAUUAAUAAACAUUAUUUGCUUCGAGCGCACACCACAGCUCAUCAGAUCGAACUAAUCAAAUCCGGCCUGGACAACUUCUUGGCGGUAGGCGACGUGUAUCGCCGGGACGAGAUUGACUCCACUCACUACCCAGUCUUCCACCAACUGGACGCAGUUCGGUUGAUCAGUCAAGACAAACUAUUUGGAAACAAUCUCGACCUGCACAUCUUCGAAUCGUCCUACAAAGUCAACCCGUCGUCCUUCUCGCCGAUCAACUCAAGCUCGAAAUGCAUAGACCAGUCGAAGCAGCCGUGCCACACCUUGGAAGCGGUCAAACUCACAGAACACGAACUCAAAACAAUUCUCCUGGGCUUAGCCAAGGAUUUAUUCGGAAACAACAUCGAGCAUCGCUGGAUCGACACUUAUUUCCCCUUCACACAACCCUCAUGGGAGCUGGAAAUUUACUACAAAGGUAACUGGAUGGAAGUGCUUGGCUGCGGAAUCAUGCGCCAUGAAAUUCUGGAAAGUUGCGGCGUAACUAAUUCAAUUGGCUACGCUUUCGGCUUGGGGCUGGAGCGCCUGGCAAUGGUUCUCUUCGAUAUACCGGACAUUCGACUGUUCUGGAGCAACGAUACUGGCUUCCUGCAUCAGUUCAACGAGAGCAAUCUAUACAAACUGAAUAAAUAUAAACCUGUGUCGGUGUAUCCGCAAUGCAAAAACGAUCUCUCGUUCUGGCUCCCCGAAAAUCAGGAUAUCGACUCGUUCUCCGCAAAUGACUUUUACGAUAUCGUGCGGAAUGUCGGGGGUGACAUUGUCGAACAGAUAUCCCUCGUCGAUAAAUUCAAACACCCGAAAACCGGGAAGUCAAGUUUGUGUUUCAGAAUAGUUUACCGACACAUGGAGCGGACUCUAACUCAGGCUGAAGUGAAUGAAAUUCACUCUAAAAUUGCACAAUCAUGUGUUGAACAAUUGGAAGUAACAAUUCGAUAGAUUAUGUUAAGAUAUUGAAGAUUUUUAGAUAAAAAUGAACGUUAA